AUGGGGCCUAACGUGACACUAAUAGCUGAGAUGAAGACCAAGUUGCAGCUGACAUUCAAAAUGAAAGAUCUAAGAGAUCUUAAAUUCUUUCUUGGCAUUGAGUUUGCCAGGUCACAAAAAGCAACACCUAUUGAAGCCAACAUCAAACUGACCACUAAGGAGUAUGAUGAACAUACUAGCAGCUCUAAUGCAACUUAUGAUGAAGUGUUAACAGACAUCAGCCAGUAUCAAAGGUUACUGGGGAAACUACCAUACUUAACUGUCACAAGGCCAGACAUAGCAUAUAGUGUUCAAACACUAAGCCAGUUUAUACAGAAACCGAAAAGAUCAUAUUUGGAAGCUGCUCGGGAUGACUGGGAAGCCUGCCCUAUCACUAGGAAGUCAGUAACAGUCUUCUUCAUCAAGUAUGGUGAUUCUCUGAUAUCCUGGAAGUCAAAGAAACAAAGCACCAUUUCUAGGAGCUCUGCGGAAUCUGAGUACAGAAGCAUUGCAUCAAUUGUAGCUGAAUUGGUGUAG